AUGCUCUUCACCACCACCAUUGCUGCUCUCGCCCUUAUGGCUUCGUCUGCCUCUGCGCAGAUUCAGUUGGAGAAUGUUGCGUCUUUCGAGGCCUACGCCGGCCCAGGCUGCCAGCCCCAAGCCGAUCAGCAGCAAAACAUCAACAGCAACGUAUGCAACUUUUUGCCUCUGCAGAGCGCAAAGGUCUUCUUCUUGGAAAAGACCAGGGCGAACUGCCAGCUCCAGUUCUUCACCGCAGGCGACUGCUCCGGCACCCCAACUGACAUCAUCACCACCGUUCCCAGCGGCUGCGUUGACGUUUCCACAAAGUUCUCGUACAAGGCUGUUUGCUUUUAA